UGUUGUCUCUUGUAAAUGUCCUCCACUCUGUCCUCUGUUUAUCUCUUCCUGCCGUCGGGGGACGCAGCCAAACGUAGAGCGUGGAAACUAAAUCGUGUUGGUAGUCUUCGCAGCAUUUACGCCAACAGUCUGCAGAACUCAGAAGAGCAAGAGGAGAACUUUGAGUUCACCAUCGUGUCGCUGACGGGCCAGACCUGGCACUUUGAAGCCACUUCGUACGAGGAGCGGGACGCCUGGGUUCAGGUCAUCGAGAGCCAGAUCCUCGCCAGCCUGCAGUCCUGCGAGAGCAGCAAGAACAAGUCUCGUCUGACGAGCCAGACAGAGGCGCUGGCUCUGCAGUCCAUCAGAAGUAUCCGUGGAAACGGUCGCUGUGCCGACUGUGAAGCACAGAACCCGGACUGGGCCAGUCUGAACCUCGGGGCCCUGAUCUGCAUCGAGUGUUCGGGGAUCCACAGGAACCUGGGCACGCACCUGUCCCGCGUGCGCUCCCUGGACCUGGACGAGUGGCCGCUGGAGCUCAUCAAGGUCAUGUCGGCCAUCGGCAACGAGCUGGCCAACAGCGUGUGGGAGGCCAACGCGCAGGGACACCUCAAACCGGCGCCGGACGCCAGCAGGUAGGAACCAGUAAAAACACAUUCUACUCGCCCAAAAGUACAGGUCAAUGCUCAAAUGAUCCAAGGCUCGGUUCAAUGCUCAGUCUUUUUUCACUUGUCGGCUUAAAGCGCCCAUAUUCUGCUCAUUUUCAGGUU